AUGACCCUUCCCGCCCUCACAUCCACCACCAUAACGACCACCGCUCUUCCUCACCAUCCCAACACCAAACAGCCACCGUACACUACCCAUCAUCAAGACCAAACCCAAUCCCUUAACCGCGAUUUUAAAAGACCCAAUCUUUCCCUUAAACAAAUAUCCAAUAAAUCCUCAAUUGACCCCGUCGUUUCAUGGACCUCUUCAAUUUCCCGCCAGUGCCGCAAUGGCCAGUUGCACCAAGCCGCUUCGCAGCUCACUCAAAUGCGUCUCCUAGAAAUCAGCCCCAAUCAUGUCACAUUCAUCACUCUUCUAUCCUGUUGUGCAGAUUUUCCAUCACAAGGAAAAUCUUUUGGCCCUUUACUUCAUGCGUACGUGCGAAAACUGGGCUUCGAUACGUGUAAUUUGAUGGUGGGUACAGCGCUUGUUGACAUGUACGCUAAGUGUGGUCAUGUGGACUUGGCUAGUGUGUGUUUUGAUGAGCUAAAAGAGAAGAAUUCGGUUUCUUGGAAUACAAUGAUUGAUGGGUUUAUGAGGAAUGGAAAGAUAAGGGAGGCGAUUAAGCUGUUUGAUGAAAUGCCUGAGAGAGGUGUGAUCUCUUGGACUGUAUUGAUUGAUGGGUUUGUUAAAAAGGGUCAUUUUGAGGAAGCACUUAAGUGUUUUAGAAAAAUGCAGGUUUCUAAAGUAGAGCCUGAUCGUGUGACCAUUGUUACAGUUCUGUCUGCGUGUGCUAAUUUGGGUGCCCUCGGUUUAGGCUUGUGGGCACAUCGAUAUGCUUUGAAAAAAGGGUUCAGGAGCGAUGUUAAGAUAAGUAAUUCUUUGAUUGACAUGUAUUCUCGAUGCGGGUCUGCUGAAUUAGCUCGUCAAGUGUUCGAGAAAAUGGGUGAGAGAACUUUGGUUUCUUGGAAUUCGAUUAUUGGGGGUUUAGCUGCUAAUGGGUUUACUGAGGAAGCUCUGGAGCAUUUUGAUUUGAUGCAGAAACAAGGGUUGAAGCCAAAUGGUGUCAGUUUCACUGGAGCGCUAACUGCUUGCAGCCAUGCAGGUUUGGUUGAUGAAGGACUGAAAUACUUUGAUAUCAUGGAGAGAGUGCACAAAAUUUCUCCUAGAAUUGAGCAUUAUGGGUGCAUAGUGGAUCUUUUCAGCCGAGCAGGAAGGUUAGAAGAUGCAAUGGAUGUAAUAGAAAACAUGCCCAUGAAGCCAAAUGAAGUUGUUGUGGGGUCGUUAUUGGCUGCCUGUAGGAUUUAUGGUGAUGUUAAGUUGGCUGAAAGGUUAAUGAACCAUCUUGUCGAUUUGGAUCCUGGAGCUGAUUCCAAUUAUGUACUUCUCUCCAACAUAUAUGCAGCAGUUGGAAGGUGGGAUGGUGCAUGCAAGCAGAGAAUGGCAAUGAAGGCCCUUGGUAUACAGAAGAAGCCAGGGUUUAGUUCAAUUGAGAUUGGAUGUGACAUUCACGAGUUUGUGGCUGGUGAUAAAUCUCAUAACGAAGCAGAGCAUAUAUAUUCGAUGUUAGAGCUUCUUUGUUUUGAUCUAACAUCAUGUGGGUAUGUUCCUCAAGCCAUCGCUAAGUACCAGGAAAUGGCUGAAGCUUCCUCCAACACUAGGAGAUGCAAGGAAAUUGAAGAACAAUGGUCUUGCUUCUUCAAAGGCAGAGGUGUUGCCAAUAUGCUGAUGGAUGGGUUUAGUGUCUGCAAUAAAAUAUUGAUUCUCUGUGAAGCAUUUAAAGUAGUAAUUUUUGUCCACGCCAGGAGAAAUGGGAUCCUAGUUUCCGAUUCGAUGGAUAAACAAGCUUUUGAGAGUGAGCUGGCGCCAUUGGAUAGUAUACUUGGAUCUAGAAUCAUAAAUGGUUCUUUGUUGUGCAUGUUUUAUGUUGGAUUUCGUGCUUCAGCAUACAUGAAGCGUUCCUGGUCUGCAAAAUCCAUGGUCCUUGCUGAAUCUUGUUUAUGGUACCUUAUGGAACCUGAUUCUGUUUUGAUAUUGGGAAGUCCUUUGCUGGUGGGUAAUACUGGUUACUGCAUAUUAAUUCAGUUCAAUGUUUGGUCUAACCUUGAUCAUGGUUAUAUGGACUCAUUAUGA